AUGAACAGAACCUCCUGUUAUAGAGACGACAGUCUGAUGUCGAGGCAGAUGUUGUCGAAGUCGAAGUCGAUAAGGGUUCGGAAUGGUUCGGGAAGGCCAAACCAGAACUGGACCGUUUGGGAAGACCUAGAACCGAGAACCGUUUUCUGGUCUGGUUCUAGCUGGCGCAAGAACCAUGGACCGAACCGCGGAGAACCGGACCAAAAGUCCGGUUCGAACCAUGGUUCUGGACCGGACCGCGGCAGCACUAGUAUCUACGAGCAUGUGUUCAUGCAGGGGCCAGGAGAUAUGGACACGCUUGAGACUGAAGCCUUCGCCAAGUUGCUUGUCUCGUGCACGGAGGUCCAUGACGACGGCACAGUCCUUUUCCGACUUUUCAAGGAUUUUAUCAUCGACCCAUCUACUCCCCGCGAGCGCAUAGUCACUCACAACAACAAUGAGUGGCUCAUGAUCAAUUACCUCCAGCAGCAGUAGUUCCCACUGAUUUUUUUUUUUCAAGUUGCUGU